CUCAUCGUGACGCAGAUUAUUUUCUUCAUCCAAGUAUCAGGUGGAGAUUCUGCAAUGAGUCGCUGUGAGCAGGUGGAGGAGGGAACUCCUCCCUCUAAAACCAGUCGGGAGACCGAAGCUCACAGUGUGGAGCAGCAGCAGAGUUUUCAUAAAUCCAGUUGUGUCUCCAUUACCCGAUCUUUGGAUCCACCAUUGAAUUUCACAGGACAAUUUCCCUCAGAGACUCAUGUGGCGCAGCAGCAGAGUUUGUUCUCUGCAGAACAUGAAUCCAGUUGUGUCUCCAUUACCCGAUCUUUGGAUCCACCAUUAAAUUUCACAGGACAAUUUCACUCAGAGACUCAAGAUCUGCAGCAGUGGUCAGAGGUUCCUGGUGAUAAGUCUGCACAGAAGCAUCCAACAGACCUGGAUUCCGUAUUUAAGCAUCUGAAGGAGAACAUUUCAAUGUUUGAGAAGAAUGAGCUGAAGAAGUUCCAGACGUUUCUGAGUCUAGGUGACACAGAACGUUAGUAUGUUUGUUAUGUAUGUUAGUAUGAGGAGCCAGUGGACGAUGAGGAGAGAAAGCUCAGUGAAGCAUUUAUGAAGAUCACGCAGCACUUUCUGAGGAAAAUGAAGCAGGAGAGGCUGGCUGACUGUUUGCAGAGCAGAUCAUCCGCUGCUGCAGCUUGUCAACAUCAGCUCAAGUCUUAUCUGAAGAAACAAUUUCAGUGUGUGUUUGAAGGACUUCCUCAAGCAGGAAACUCAGUCUGUCUAAAGGAGAUUUACACAGAGCUCUACAUCACAGAGGAGGGGAGAGGAGAGAUCCAAGAGGAACAUGAGGUCCGACAGAUUGAAACUGCAUCCUGGAGACCAGACAGACCAGAUACAAUGAUCAGACAUGAAGACAUCUUUAAAACUUCACCUCGAGGAGACAAACCAAUGAGGACAGUGAUGACGAAGGGAGUGGCCGGCAUUGGGAAAACCGUCCUCACACAGAAGUUCACUCUGGACUGGGCUGAAGACAGAGCCAGCCACGACAUACAGUUCACAUUUCCAUUCACCUUCAGAGAGCUGAAUGUGCUGAAGGAGAAGAAGUACAGCUUGGUGGAACUCGUCCAUCACUUCUUCACUGAAACCAAAGAAGCAGGAAUCUGCAGGUUUGAAGAGUUCCAGGUCGUCUUCAUCUUGGACGGUCUGGACGAGUGUCGACCUCCUCUGGACUUCCACAACACAGAGAUCCUGACCGACAUCACCGCGUCCACCUCAGUGGACGUGCUGCUGACCAACCUCAUCAGGGGGAAGCUGCUGCCCUCGGCUCGCCUCUGGAUAACCUCACGACCUGCGGCAGCCAAUCAGAUCCCUGCUGAGUGUGUGGACAGGGUGACAGAGGUCAGAGGGUUCACUGACCCUCAGAAGGAGGAGUACAUCAGGAGGAGGUUCAGCGAUGAAGAACAGGCCAACACGAUCAUCUCUCACAUCCAGACGUCACGAAGCCUCCACAUCAUGUGCCACAUCCCGGUCUUCUGCUGGAUCACUGCUAAAGUUCUGGAGGACGUGUUGACAACCAGAGAGGGGGGGAAGCUGCCCAAGACCCUGACGCAGAUGUACAUCCACUUCCUGGUGGUUCAGUCCAAACUGAAUAAGCUCAAGUAUGAUGGAAAAGCUCAACAAGAUCCACUUUGGAAUUCACGUCGCAAAAAGACGAUUAAAUCUCUGGGAAAACUGGCGUUUGAGCAGCUGAAGAAAGGAAACCUGAUCUUCUAUGAAUCAGACCUAACAGAGUUUGGCAUCAAAAUCAGAGCCGCCUCCCUUUACUCAGGAGUGUUCACACAGAUCUUUAAAGAGGAGCGAGGCCUGUACCAGAACAAGGUGUUCUGCUUUGUCCAUCUGAGUGUUCAGGAGUUUCUGGCUGCUCUUUAUGUCUAUCAGACCUUCACCAACUCUGGUGUCAAUCUCCUGUCACGGGAACAGUCAACCACCCAUUUGCCAGAAAAAAAGAAAAAAAAAGGGACGCUAAAACAUCUCUACUUGUGUGCAGUGGACAAGGCCUUACAGAGUCCUAAUGGACACCUGGACUUGUUCCUCCGUUUCCUCCUGGGUCUUUCCCUGGAGACCAAUCAAAGUCUUCUUCAAGGCCUACUGUCCAAGACCAGAAGAAUGUCAGAGACCAAUCAGGAAACAGUCCAGUACCUCAAGAAGAAUAUCAGUGAGAAUCUGUCUCCAGAGAGAAGCAUCAACCUGUUCCACUGUCUGAAUGAACUGAACGAUAAUUCUCUGGUGGAGGAGAUCCAACAGUCCCUGAGAUCAGGAUGUCUCUCCACAGAGAAACUGUCUCCUGCUCAGUGGUCGGCUCUGGUCUUCGUUUUACUGUCAUCAGGAAAAGAUCUGGAUGUGUUUGACCUGAAGAAAUACUCUGGUUCAGAGGAGGCUCUUCUGAGGCUGCUGCCGGUGGUCAAGGUCUCCAUCAAAGCUCAGCUGAGUGGAUGUGAACUCUCAGAGAGAAGCUGUGAAGCUCUGUCCUCAGUCCUCAGCUCUCAGUCCUCCAGUCUGACGGAUCUGGACCUGAGUAAGAACCACCUGCAGGAUUCAGGAGUGAAGCUGCUGUCAGCUGGACUCAGGAGUUCAGACUGUAAACUGGAGACUCUCAGGUUGAGUCAAACCAGGCUCACGGAGGACUGCUGUGAAGCUCUGUCCUCAGUCCUUAGCUCUCAGUCCUCCUGUCUGACGGAUCUGGACCUGAGUAGGAACGACCUGCAGGACUCAGGAGUGAAGCUGCUGUCAGCUGGACUCAGGAGUUCAGACUGUAAACUGGAGACUCUCAGGCUCUCAGGAUGUAUGGUCACAGAGGCAGGUUGUGUCUCUCUGGUCUCAGCUCUCUCCUCUAACCCGUCUCACCUGAGGGAUCUGGACCUGAGCUACAAUCAUCCAGGAGCCUCGGUGGAGCUGCUGUCUGCUGGACUAGAUCCUCUGUGGAGACUGAACGCUGUCAGGCUGGAACAUGGUGGAGAGCAGAGGCUUAAACCUGGUCUGAGGAAAUACGCCUUCCAUCUCACUAUCGACACAAACACAGUUCACAGAAAACUCAAAGUGUCUGACGACAACAGGACGAUGACGUCAGUGACGGAGAAGCUGCCGUAUCCUGAUCACCCGGAGAGAUUUGACUCGUGGCCUCAGCUGCUGUGUAACAAUGCUCUGAUUGGUCGGUGUUACUGGGAGGUGGAGUGGAAGGGGAGAGUGAACAUCGCAGUGACCUACAGAGGGAUGAAAAGGAAAGGGGAAGGAAUCGACUCCUGGUUAGGACGAAACAAUCAGUCCUGGAGUCUGAUAUGCUCCGAUGUUGACGGUUACUCUGUGUGGCACGAUCAGAGACGACAGGCCUGUCCUCAGCCAUCCUCGUCCUCCGUCUCUCACAGAGUCGCAGUGUAUGUGGACUAUCCCUCUGGAAUGCUUUCCUUCUACAGCGUGUCCUCUGAGAUAUGGAUCCACCUCCACACCUUCUACACCACUUUCACCGGACCCGUCUACCCCGGGUUUGGGUUUGCGUACGAGUGGCCGGGUUCAUCAGUGACCCUGUGUUCACUGUAGGAUGCUAAUAAUGCACAUUAUACACAAACACACACAAAAUUAUUUUCAAAGCAGCUAACCACAUUUUGUAAAUCUGACUAUCAACAAGUGAGUUAUCUUAAUUAUACGAUUAUUGUAAAUUUAUUUCUCAUUACAGAUGUCCUUUUAAAAACUUUAGCUUUUAAUAAACUCUAAUAAAACUGGAAGACAUGACGGCGCCCAAACGUGAAACCAAAUUGUCUUGAUCGCCCCUAUUGGCUGGCUGCAGUAUAAACCCCUCUUCCUCCAUGUGAGUGGAUGGGACAUGGACCAAACAAAAAAAUCUAAGUCGACAUUAAAUAAUGUUUGUCAGAGAUGUUUCUAUCAUUUCAGGUCGUUCUUAUCUCCCUGAUGUUUAUUCAUGUUUCCAAUCAGUUUGGAUUGAUACGUUUUUUGAUGAUAUAAAAAACAGGUUGAGACGUCAUGAUUGACAGCUGACACUGAAGAUCACUACUGCACAUACUGCAAAUGACGGUUGUAUCUGGGAUAUUUUGGCUUCAUUCCUGGAGGUGGAGACGUGUCGCCAUCUUUAUAUAAUGUAAAAUUACAGUUAAAAACAUAAAUAGAAAUCAAUAAGAAUAUAUGGUGGUGGUAUUUAACUCUGUUUUCUGUAUUGCCUUUCGAAAUAAA